GAUUACUUUAAUCUUGUAGUGAGUGUAGUAUGUGAAGAGCGAUUCGUUUUAUUUCACGUUACAAAGGAUUAUGAUAUUCCUAUGGUGUUCUUAGAGCGAAGAAGUACAAAGAAUCAACGUGUUGAUAAAACCGGGAUGAAAUUAAAAAUUUACGCGACUUACAAUGCAAAGUAUGACGUAUUCAAAAUACAUUAUGGACUUUGAGCAAAUCUUGAGUGAUCCAUAACCUGGUGGGAGUAGGUGCUUAAAUAGGAUACGCCGCAGUUCCAUGUUGCAGUCCCAAACACACAUUUUGUCAAAAAGUAUUUUACUGUAUCGAUAAUAUAAGAAAUUGUACAUCUAAAACAAUAUGAUCGUUACAACUGAACAAGUAUGGGUGCAUACACCGGGUGAGGCGUGGGUAUACCUCGUCAUUUUGGCCAGUAUUUAUAUUCUGUACAUACUGAAAAAUUAUAUCAGAUGUGUCAUUCAUGUUUCUCGACUAAACGGCCCGAAAGCUGUUCCGAUUAUUGGAAACGUAUACUGUGCUCUUGAAAAAAAUUUCCUUUAUAGAUUAGCCAAUGAAUGUAAAAUUUAUGGACGUUUUGUUAAAGUAUGGAUAACAAUAUUGCCAUACGUGGUGCUUAUGGAGCCAGAAGAUGUCCAAAUAGUGCUCAGUAGUAUGAAGCACACGCGCAAGGUAUUUUUCUACAAAUUGCUAGAUAAUUUCCUUGGGAAAGGUUUGAUUACAAGGGACAUGGAAACCUGGCGGAUCCAUCGAAAAAUUUUACAACCUGCUUUUCAUCUUCAUAUUCUCGAGAAAUUUACGAAUAUCUUCGCGGAGCACGCAGAUAGCCUGAUGAAAAGGUUUCUUGAAAAGAAUGACCAAGAAAUCAAUAUUACUACUUUCAUUAAUGAUUCCGUUUACAAUAUCUUGAGUGAAACAGUUUUGGGAAUAAACCAAAAGACCAGCGAAAUGGACGAUCUGCCUUUCCGAAAGGGACAAAUUAUGCUUCUAUACCGAAUGAUGAGGCCUUGGCUAUUGGUAGAAUGGAUUUACCGAUUAACAAAGCAUGGUAGAGAAGAACAGAAUCAACGAAACGAGUUAUUCGAUACUUGUUUUAAAAUGAUGAAAGAAAAGCGCGAGCUUUUACGAAAUAAAAAAUCUGCAUCUGAUGAUCAGACAGAAGAGACAAGAAAAAUGUCUUUGCUAGAAUACAUGGUGGAAAUAAACGAAAAAAAUCCUUGCUUCUCCGAUAAAGACAUCGUCGAAGAAUGUUGCACGUUCAUGUUAGCUGGGCAGGAUUCGGUUGGCACCGCGACUGCGAUGACGCUCUUUCUUUUAGCCAACAAUCCCGAAUGGCAGGAAAAAUGCAUAAAAGAACUCGACCAAAUUUUCGAUGGAAAUCCAAAAUUGCCUACGAUAAACGACCUGAAAGAUAUGAAAUGUUUAGAGAUGUGCAUCAAAGAAUCGUUGAGAUUAUAUCCUAGUGUACCGAUAAUAGCCAGGACACUGGGUGAAGAUGUGAAAAUCGGAAAGUAUGUGAUACCAACGGGUUGUAGCGUGUUAAUAUCCCCAUACGCCACUCAUCGUUUGCCGCAUCAUUUUCCAGACCCUGAAUCAUUUAAACCUGAGCGUUUCAAUGCAGAAAAUUCCGAAAAGAGGCAUCCUUACGCUUAUAUACCUUUCAGUGCUGGUCCAAGAAAUUGCAUCGGUAAUAAGUUUGCGAUGCUCGAAAUGAAAUCUAUGAUUUGUGCAAUUCUUAGAAGAUGUAGAUUACAAUCGGUCCCUGGAAAAGAGGAGGUACAACCGAAAUUUAGAAUGACAAUCAGAGCGCAAGGAGGGCUUUGGGUAAAAGUUAUUGUACGCGAUCAGACGCCAAAAAGUGUUGUAAUAUAAGUGUAAAUUAUUGUUUUAAUAUAUUUAAUUGUGUAACAAUCAGUAUAUCAGUUAAAAAGGCCUUUUUUAAAUGUUGAAUAAUUUGACGAAAUAAUGUCGUUAAAAUCAUCCUUUAAUGGUACAAAAGCCUUUCUACCAUAAAAGUCAUUUACAUUUUUAUGGAAAGAUUGAAUAUGUAAAAGAAGUAGAAGUAUGAAGAAAUAUUUAAUAAGUGCUAGGUAAAUAAUUUUUUAAAUUACGGUCUUCAAUGUGAAUACUAUGAAUCAUAUGUAUGUAUUUUAUUUAGAUAUACGUUGAAUAAAAACGAAAUUUAACAUAUAUUUUGUAAAUAGGAUUGGAAAUUAAAAAUAAAAAUCAUAAAAAAAGAAAUCUCAUUAAUUAAAAAUGUUUAAUUAAUAUUGAAACAUGUUUAAACAUAUGUAUAUUAUACAUAUGUGUUCUAUAAUAUAAUACUUCUGAAGUUAACGCUACUUCGUUAUUGGUGCUUCCGUAUGACGUGGUAUUAGAACGAACUGUCAAAGUACGAAACUCGCAGUUGAAGUUAUGUUUAUAUAAACGUGAUCAAGCACUAUUUUAUAACCGAAAUAGAUAUAAAAACAAAUUAAACAAUAUCUUUUAUAAAAUAAUCGUGAAACAUGGUUUACGUAUCGAAUGAUGGAAGCCUCUUAUGUGGUACUCCAUUGCAUUUAAAAGUGUUUAGAUUUUUCACAGUUUUAAAACAUUAAUCAAUCCUAAUAUGAACAAAUAUGGAAGCGAAUAUACAAGAGAUUAUAGACCUGGAUCUGGACCACCACGUCCACCAACUCGUAGAUUAGGAAGACCUAACACAGGACAUACUGUUGAUAUUCCAUUUGGAGGAUGUAGUAGUUGUGCUAGAUAAAAUAAAGGCAAAACUUUACAACAGUAAA